CAGUACACUCUUGACAGCUGAAAAUAUUUACGUUUGGAUUACGAAUCACAAAACAGGAGUACUCUUUUAUAGCAUUAAUUUUAUUCUGUGCGUUUAUCGAAUUGUGUGACGAUGCCAAGACGUGGUCGCUCCCGAGAGCGUGACCGCAAUCGUUCAUCGCAUAAGACCAGCCACAGCAACGGAGAUCGCCGGAGGAAGAAGCAUCCCGACUCAUCUUCAAGCUCCGAUAGAAGCAAUAGCAGCAGCAGCGGUAGUGACGAUAGCAGUAGCAGAAGUUCCAGCGGUAGCAGCAGCAACUGCUCCCGUGACCGCAAGCGCAAACAGUCAAAUUCACGCUCGCCCGUUAAGCGCUACCAGCGCGAGCGGAAGCAAACCGAGCAACCCAGACGACGGCGGUCGGCUUCGAGAGAAAGACGACACAGAUCAAGAUCCAGGGAACGAAACAGGAAAGCCAGAUCUCCGGAGAGAAAAAGGAGAUCACGUUCCCGGAGUGGACAGCGAGAAUCACACCGUGAUGGUAAAAAUCCCAGGGUCCCUCCGUCUUUUGCGGAGGCGUUUGCGGGAGUGGAAAGAGGUAAACGAUGGGAACACGACAUGUAUCAAGAGAAACAGUCUUGGCGGGAUGCGGAUCGGAGCUAUCGCUCGGGAGGCAGGGCCACGAAGGACGCAAUGAACGAUGAGUUUAUGCAGUCUCGGAGGCUGCAGCGAGAAGUGAUAGGCGAAGAGGGGGUGACGAAUGUUUGGGAGGAAUCCCCCUCCCCGCGGGAAUCCUCCGACGAUGAAGGGGAUAAGGUAGCGACUAAGAAGGCUUCCAAGAAAUCUUCGAAAAAGAAAAAGAAGAAAGAAAGCGACAAGAAGGAGAAGAAAAAGAAAAAAUCUUCCAAAAAGCACCGUAAGAAGGAAAAACGUUCCAAGAAGAAGAAGAAAAAGAAGGAGUCAUCGUCGGAUUCCUCUUCUUCGAGCGGUGAAGAGGGAGAUGAGUGGGUUGAAAAGUCUGUGGCUGGUAGAUCUUCGGCCAAAGCGAGUAGUUCCAAGGGAAGUGGGACUGCAUUGGAGGAGGAAUCAGCGGAUGGCAUUGUUGGACCGAUCAAGACGAGCGGUGGUCUCAAUCAGAAAGACUUCGGCAGGGCACUGUUGCCGGGUGAAGGUGCGGCCAUGGCGGCGUACGUUACCGAGGGCAAGCGAAUCCCACGCCGAGGUGAGAUUGGACUCACCUCGGAUGAAAUCGCUACCUUCGAGGAUGUUGGAUACGUGAUGAGUGGUAGUCGACAUCGUCGAAUGGAAGCGGUUCGUAUCCGUAAGGAAAAUCAAAUUUACUCGGCGGACGAAAAACGGGCGCUGGCAAUGUUUAGCAAGGAGGAACGACAAAAGCGGGAGAACAAGAUCUUAUCGCAGUUUAAGGAAAUGAUUAGUGCCAAACUAGCGGGUGACAAGCACUAGAGAGAGGAAUGUUUGAUGGUCAAAUAUCUGAAUAAAUACGUCUGUUUCUGGCUAACAGAAUGAUAAAUUA